AUGAGGAUCGACAGCAUCAACUCUCGAUGCAAGAUGUCCCGAAUGUUGACGUCCAUGUAUAGAACUCAGGCAAUGAAAAGCUUGCGCGAGCGUCUUGGAACCAUCCGCCUCUUGUCCAAGGAGGGCCCAGCCCGAGAGAUGCCUCCGUCAAACGUAAAGAGCGACGAACUAGACUGGGAGAAGACUUGGAUGAGUGUGGUUUCAUGCGCAAAGAGCGAAGCAGGUAAGCGCUUCCUAGGAGAAUGCAGAGCAAUGCAGGAGAUUGAGGAGAUUGAAGAACACUUUGACAUGAUCGGCGAGCUUCGAGCGCUUCGUGUCCGCAACAAGAUGAAGGAUUUUGAUGAUUCUUUCACCUUCACUUCCAUCGCCGACGUCGAGGACAUUUUGCUCAGAGUAUCCACAGCUGGAGUUGUAGAGGUAGAAGAGCUGCAAACUCUUCGCACGACGGCAAGAACCCUCCGUCAGCUGAACGAUCGGAUGAAAUCAGAGGAAGUUUCAUGGUUGUGCCCGACCGUCGUCAGGGUCUGGUCACAGAGGGGAGGAAAGGCAGUUCCCGCCCAGGUGAUCAAAGUUCUCAACCAGAACCUCAAGAGCGAUGGUCGGCUGGACCUGUCGAGGUACCCGGAGGCUCGAGCCCUGCAGGAGAACUACCUAAGGCUGGAGGAGACUGUCCGCACGACAACCAACUUGCAGAGGAAACUUCACCCGCUGGUGCAGGAGAUGGAGAGUGCGAAGCAAGCGUACCUCCAGGCCAUCCACCAGAUCCUGCGACUGAUCUCUCGUGACAUCUCCCCGCACGCACGAGACGUGCUCGACGCUCUUGAAGCUUCUGCCGUCCUCGACGGUCUCUGCGCAAGGGAGCGAGCGGCGCUGAGGAUGGGAGCGAGCAGGCCUCUAGUAGGACGUGAAGGUCUCAUCCAGCUGCAUGCUUGUCAACAUCCGCUGCUGGCUCUGCGAGAGACCUCACCUGUUGGCAACGACCUCCUGCUGGACUCUAGCAAGCGAGGGCUGGUGGUCACUGGCCCCAACGGAGGAGGGAAGACAAUCCUGCUGAAGACCGUCGGGCUGUUUGCCAAGCUGGUCCAGCGUGGAUGUUGGCUGCCCUGUCGAGCUGGGAGCCGAUUUGAUCUGUUUGAGCACAUCCUCUGCUCAAUAGGAGACGGGCAAGACGUUUUCAAGGACCUCUCAACCUUCUCCUCUCAACUCGAAGACAUCCGUAAGAUCAUGAAUACUUCUCUCUCCUCCGCGCCUGCCAGCUCUCUGAUCCUGCUCGAUGAGCCCUGCUCGGGGACCUGCCCAGAGGAAGGAAGUGCUCUAGCAAAGGCGAUCCUGCAGGAGUUGGUGGAGCAGGACGUGAGGCUGGUCACGACGACACACUACGAGGGGGUGAAGAACAUGGCGAUGAACAACCACAGAUUUCAAGUCUGCAACAUGUACUGGAACGGUUCUUCUCCCUCCUUCCGCGCAUUCUUCGGCUUCCCUGGCCAUAGCCGGGCACUGGCCGCCGCUGAACGAUCUGGCCUGCCUCGUGCUGUCCUUGGACGCGCGCGAAGUUUGCUAGCGGGGCAUCAACAAGUUCUAGAGCUAGUCGAGGAGGUGGAGGAGAGAAGAGCGGGCGAGCAUCAAGUCCAGCUGGUGGAGAUUUCAGCUCUGCGGUUGAGGAUCCAUCAGCUUGAGGCGUCCAUGGACCAGUGGGAAGAGAGGAUCGCAACAGGCUCCACAGCACUGAUCCGGCAGGCAAGGACUGCGGUCCUCCUCCAACUACAGGUAGCUGAAGCAGCGGUGGAGGAGGCAAAGCAGGAAGCGCUGAGGAAGGAGGAGUUGGCGUGGGGGCUGGAGAGCGAGGAUCUUGAGCUGUCUCUGAGCCUCUUCUAUCAAGGAGCGGAGGAGAGCGAAGCUAAGGACAAGCGCAAGGGGUCGAGGAAAUGA